CGGACGCGAGUCCGGCAUGAGCGAGGUGCGGCUGCGGGCCGGGCGCGGCCCCGGCGGGGCGCGGGACCCCCAGGACAAGGAGUCAGAGUCUGAGAACAAGCUGGAUGGAGAGACAGCGUCAGACAGCGAAAGCAAAUCUGAGUUUGGGGGCUCAUCCCCAGUGCCAACCUCGGAUGACACCCCAGAGGUGCUGAACAGGGCCCUCUCCAACCUGUCCUCGAGAUGGAAGAAUUGGUGGGUGAGAGGCAUCCUCACACUGGCAAUGAUCACCUUCUUCUUCAUCAUCAUCUACCUGGGCCCCAUGGUCUUGAUGACAAUAGUGAUGUGUGUCCAGAUCAAAUGUUUCCACGAGAUCAUCACCAUUGGUUACAACGUGUACCACUCCUACGACCUGCCCUGGUUCAGGACGCUCAGCUGGUACUUCCUGCUGUGUGUGAACUAUUUCUUCUACGGGGAGACGGUGACAGAUUAUUUCUUCACCCUGGUGCAGAGGGAGGAGCCCCUGAGGAUCCUCAGCAAAUAUCAUCGCUUCAUUUCCUUCGCCCUCUACCUGACAGGUUUCUGCAUGUUUGUCUUGAGCCUGGUGAAGAAACACUAUCGCCUCCAGUUCUAUAUGUUUGGCUGGACCCAUGUGACGUUGCUGAUUGUUGUUACCCAGUCCCACCUCAUCAUCCACAACCUGUUUGAAGGAAUGAUCUGGUUCAUUGUCCCCAUCUCCUGUGUGAUCUGCAAUGACAUCAUGGCCUACAUGUUCGGGUUCUUCUUCGGCCGCACGCCGCUCAUCAAGCUCUCCCCAAAGAAGACCUGGGAGGGUUUUAUUGGAGGAUUUUUUUCCACCGUUCUGUUUGGAUUGCUGCUGUCCUACGUGAUGUCCGGGUACCGCUGCUUCACCUGCCCCGUGGAGUUCAACAACGACACCAACAGCUUCACCGUGGACUGCGAGCCCUCAGAGCUGUUCCAGCUGCAGGAGUACAACAUCCCCGUGGUGCUGCAGUCUGUGGUGGGCUGGAAGACCGUGAGGAUGUAUCCCUUCCAAAUCCACAGCAUCGCCCUCUCCACCUUCGCCUCCCUCAUCGGGCCCUUCGGCGGCUUCUUUGCCAGUGGCUUUAAAAGGGCCUUCAAAAUCAAGGACUUUGCCAACACCAUCCCGGGCCACGGCGGGAUCAUGGAUCGCUUUGACUGCCAGUACCUGAUGGCCACCUUUGUCAACGUGUACAUCGCCAGCUUUAUCAGAGGCCCCAACCCAAGCAAACUGAUCCAGCAGUUCCUGACCCUGAGGCCAGACCAGCAGCUCCACAUCUUCAACACUCUCAAAGCACACCUGGUGGACAGGGGAAUUUUGGGCAGCCUGGAGGAUGCAUAGACACAAGGUGGUUGGAACAGGACUGAGAACAGACAGGCCUCCUCCAGGGAAUUCCUGGCUUGCCUGAUUUAAGACAAUAACAAGGCCUCAUUUCACUGUAACUUUUCUUCCUUUCUUGGUAAAUGUUUGCAUUUGUGGUUUAUUUUUUUUAAUAAUAUAUUUAUAGAGCUUUGGUUCAAACGAGCAAAUCUUGGGUUUGUAGCUGAGAAGGAGUUAAGGCUUGGAAGAUUUGGGUGGAGCAGGAGGGUGUGGCUGUCCUGGUGGAGUGUUCUAGACCCUGCAGGAAAUGCAGGGAAUGCAGGAAAUUUCCCUGGGUUUGGCAGCACAGCCUGGCAGGGGAGGGGGGCUGAGCUGUCUCCUGGCUCUGGGACCAUCCUCCUCUCCAGGGCCAGCUGGGGGUGCACUGGGAAUUGUCCCAGCAGUUCCUGCCUGUGGGAAUCCCCUUGCACAAGGAAGAGGAUUUUGUACUAACCCAGCCCUGCACCUGCAGUGCUCUCACCUGCUGCUACUGCAGUGCCUCUCACAUUCCCUCCCUCCCUGAUUUGGCAAAUCAGAUUUUUGUAACCAAUUACACCAGAAACAGACUGGGGAUGAGGAGUCAAGGAAGUGGCAGUUGUGUGUGGGAAUGUGGGAGGUUCAGAUUCCUCCAAAACUGGUGGAAGUAAAUAAGUUUUAAAGAACAUUGAAGUUUCAUAGAGCAAUUCCUGCCAAGUGAGAACAGCUUUUAAAUCACUUGGUUUAUUUUCAGCCAUUAAAUAACCUUUAAAAACCACACUUCUUCAUUUCUCCAAGGUUGGAAACCCCACACUGGGAUAUUUGAAGUUACCUGGGGAGCAGUUUCCAGCCAGUUUUGUUGCUGGGUGGGCUCCAGCUGCAGCUGGGGGUUUUGUUUUCUUUCAGGGAUCAUGUCUGUUCCUUACUUGAGUUGUAGAAGUCGUGCUGCUGAGUUUAUCACAGUCUGUGUUGCAUUUCAGUCUGGGUUCAUUUCUCUGCAGGCUUCUGUCCUGCUUUGCUCACUGAAUCUUGUCAGAAAUAGUUUGUACUUUAUAGCUGCAAGUUUUAUUGAAGUCCUUUCCUUUAUUUUGUCAUACUUUUUUAUUAUUUAAAAACGAGAGCCCUAAAGAUUGUAAAACUUUGCUUUUUGGUUUUUUUUGUGAUCAGAUAGUGAAAAUAUCCCCAUUUACACCUCAUGCAAUGUUCCCAAGCACGAGGUGACUCUGAUUUUCCUUCUUUCCAUAGUUUGUGCAUAGGAGAGAGAAACUUUACCUUAUUUUAAUCUGGGGAAUGAGUGACAGGGAGAGUUCAUACAGAAGUACAUUGGUGUUUUCAAGCAGUUGCUGCCACAAACCUUUAGCCACAGACCCCCCCAUGUGAGUCCUGCACCUGCUGCAAGCUGGCUUGGCAUCAACAGAAAAUAAACCACCUGAAAAUGCCCCAAAUUCAGAGCUUUUACUGCAUAUUCUGAUUAUGCCACUGCUUUCAUUUAGCCUGAGUGUGUGUAAAUACACAGCACAGGUCCCAAGCUCUCUCCUGCAUUUCUGCAGGACUGUGGUGGGCUCUGCUCUGCCUCCCUGAGCAGGAGCUGGGGUUUGUGCUCCAAAUGCAGGUGUUUGAUGGAAAGCCCAGGCUUCAGACAAGGCUCUGUUCUUACAAGCUUGGCAAAGUUCUGUACUGAGCCAGUUCAGGAUUUGGUUUGGUGUUCAUACAGAUUUUUCCUGGUUCUGGACCUGUUCCCUUCCAGCUUGAAUUGGGCAGGGGUUUCUUUUCUGCUGAUGGAACAAAUUUUGGUCCAAGCCCCUGACACAGAAACUGCAGGGGAGAAUCAAGGUGCUUCCAUCUGGCAUUGCCCAGGGCCAGCAUUUGGGCUGUGUUUAAUGAGGGCCCUGCCAGGAGCACCCAUGGGAGCAGGGUGGAAGUGCCAGGGUUUGCUUUGCCCUGGGAGCUAUUUCAGCUGGUGCUGGUCUGGAUUCUCCCUGCCCACUGCCAAAAUCCCUUCUUGUGGCUGUUGGCCCACAGGCAGAAGUGACAGUGUUGAUAAAUAUUACAAAGGUGUGCUCUGUUCAUUGCAAGAAAUUUCUUCAGUGGGUCUGUAGUCUCCUGCUUUAAACCUUUUUUUUCCUCUUCUGUUGUCAUCAGUGGGGCAAAGCUUUGCUGCAGGCUCUGGUUUGGGGCAGGUCUGGGCCUUUCUCGAGGGUGUCAAUGCAGGAUGUGGGCACUGGAGGGCAAAGCAGUUCCGUGGAAUAGCUGCAGGAGAAGCAGCAGCAGCAGCUCUGCCUGUGGGUGGCUUCCCUGGUCAGAAAUGCCCUGAUCAAACAAUUCCCUGGUCAGAAAUGCCCUGAUCACCUUUAUUCCUGUUUCUUCCCUUCCAAACCUGGGCUGCUCCUCACAGGGAAAGCUGCCUGGGAAGGGUUUCCUGCAUGGAAAAA